GGCCACCAUGGAGUUCCGCCAGGAGGAGUUUCGGAAGCUGGCGGGUCGCGCCCUGGGGAGGCUGCACCGCCUUCUCGAGAAGCGGCAAGAAGGAGCCGAGACGCUGGAGCUGAGCGAGGAUGGGAAGGCCCUGGAGGCGCCCGAGAAGAAGGCGCCACUGUGCGACUGCACUUGCUUCGGCCUUCCCCGCCGCUACAUCAUCGCCAUCAUGAGCGGCCUGGGCUUCUGCAUCAGCUUUGGAAUUCGCUGCAACCUGGGUGUGGCCAUCGUCUCCAUGGUCAACAACAGCACCACCCACCGCGGGGGGCACCUGGUGGUGCAGAAAGCCCAGUUCAACUGGGACCCAGAGACUGUCGGCCUCAUACAUGGCUCCUUUUUCUGGGGUUACAUUGUCACCCAGAUCCCCGGAGGAUUUAUCUGCCAAAAAUUUGCAGCCAACAGGGUCUUUGGCUUUGCCAUCGUGGCGACGUCCACGCUAAACAUGCUGAUCCCCUCCGCGGCCCGCGUCCACUACGGCUGCGUCAUCUUCGUGAGGAUCCUGCAGGGGUUGGUAGAGGGGGUCACGUACCCCGCCUGCCACGGGAUCUGGAGCAAGUGGGCCCCACCCUUAGAGCGGAGUCGCCUGGCCACGACAGCCUUUUGUGGAUCCUAUGCUGGGGCGGUGGUCGCGAUGCCCCUAGCAGGGGUCUUGGUGCAGUACUCAGGAUGGAGCUCCGUGUUCUACGUCUACGGCAGUUUCGGGAUCUUCUGGUACCUUUUCUGGCUGCUGGUCUCCUACGAAUCCCCGGCGGUGCACCCCAGCAUCUCGGAGCAGGAGCGCAAGUACAUCGAGGACGCCAUCGGCGAGAGUGCCAAACUCAUGAAUCCAGUCACGAAGUUUAACACUCCCUGGCGGCGCUUCUUCACGUCCAUGCCGGUCUACGCCAUCAUAGUGGCCAACUUCUGCCGGAGUUGGACGUUCUACUUGCUCCUUAUCUCCCAGCCCGCCUACUUCGAAGAGGUGUUUGGAUUCGAGAUCAGCAAGGUGGGCCUGGUGUCGGCCCUGCCCCACCUGGUUAUGACCAUCAUCGUGCCCAUCGGAGGCCAGAUCGCCGACUUCCUGCGCAGCCGCCGGAUCAUGUCCACCACCAACGUGCGCAAAUUGAUGAACUGCGGGGGCUUUGGCAUGGAAGCCACGCUGCUGCUGGUGGUUGGCUACUCGCACUCCAAAGGCGUGGCUAUCUCCUUCCUCGUCCUCGCUGUGGGCUUCAGUGGCUUCGCCAUCUCCGGCUUCAACGUAAACCACUUGGACAUCGCCCCACGCUAUGCCAGCAUACUCAUGGGCAUCUCCAAUGGCGUAGGCACCUUGUCAGGCAUGGUGUGCCCGAUCAUCGUGGGUGCCAUGACAAAGCACAAGACGCGGGAGGAGUGGCAGUAUGUGUUCCUAAUCGCUUCCCUGGUGCAUUACGGGGGCGUCAUCUUCUAUGGGAUCUUCGCUUCCGGGGAGAAGCAGCCGUGGGCGGAGCCUGAGGAGAUGAGCGAAGAGAAGUGUGGCUUUGUGGGCCACGACCAGCUGGCUGGCAGCGAGGACAGCGAGAUGGAGGAUGAAGCCGAGCCCCCCGGGGCGCCCCCCGCGCCUCCUCCGUCCUACGGGGCCACACACAGUACAGUUCAGCCCCCACGGCCCCCGCCCCCUGUCCGGGACUACUGACCACGUGCCUCUCACUGAAUGGCAGUUUCCAGGACCUCCUCUCUGAGCUAUCUCUGGCCUGAGCUACAGUGUCAAGGGACCCCACCCCUCCCUGUCCCGACUCCGGGCCUCAGAAGCACUCUCCCUUGUCCCCAGUGCUGUCCAAUCCUCUUCUCUUCCCAAACGAACUCCUGGGGGUAGUGAAGCUGCAAACCAGCGGUUUCAAGGAUCCCCACUCCUUCCUCACUUGUCUGCCUCAGUGGUUGGGGCCUCUCCCUUCAGGUUUUUUUUUUUUUUUGAAUGGCCAGUCAAACCUCUUUCUCUUAUUUCUAUGACGUCCAGUGGCAGCCAGACUAACACCCACCCGCCCAUCCCUCUCUGAGGUUACCCAGCUUCCCUUCCCGCUCCGAAAAAAAAAAAAAAAUCAAGAUCCUUUCUCUGGGAGUUUCACAUGGCUCUCAACCCCAUUCUGCAGUUUAGGAGUUGAUUUCAUCCAUUCCAGCCACCCCCAAUUCCAGGGAUUGAUUCUCACCAGCGUUUCUGAGGGCAAACGAGGGUUUCAAGUCCCCCCACCCCUCCUGCACUUUUCUGCCCCCCCCCCGCAGAUUCUAAAGUCUCCCUCUGCUGAAGCACCAAAUUCCCAUAAGACUUUCUCCCUAGCUCAGUCCAAUGUCUAGGCAGACAACCAAAAUGGUUAUGUGAAUAACACUAUCCCCCUCCCUCCACCCCCACCCCCCUUCAGGCACUUUCUAGAACUUGGUUUUCAGGUCGAAAUAGUGGAUCCUCUCAGUGGUUAGAAGCCACCACCGCUGAAUUCUGCCCCUGCCCCCACCCGCCCCUCGUGGUGGUUUCAAGACCCCCUGUUCCCCAAGUUCCUUGCACUUUAUCUUCCUGGGUGGUUUGAAGCCACCCUGUUUCUCAGUGGCCAUUUGUUGUGUCCCUCAGGGGCUAAGCGAC